AUGACUAAACGAUUCUUGCAUAGUAUUGGCAGCGAGAUUAAACAAAGUCAUCCCUGCCUCUUACUCGACUCCAUAUCAUCGAAGCCAUACAUCCUGGCUUCUUUUGAGGAGCACACCUUCGAGGACGCCUAUCUUCUCCCAGGCAUCUCCAAAGUUGUUCUUACCCACGCUACCCUCCUUGCACCGCUCGAUACCGUCCAACUCAUUCAGUACCGCUCUAUAUCUGUCUUUUCCACAUCCGGCGAUCGGCUCUACUACGUCCAGAGCAUCACCGCUCGGGUAGAAGGGAUCCAAGGUUGGAACACCAUCCACGGUGACGACGCGGGUCCACCUCCACCUCCAGCACAGCAUUCAACUCCACAACCAAGCUCUCAAACAGCAGGCAACACAAUGGCGCAAACCAUGCCCAACAUGCCCUACCGGGGCCACAACACAAUGCACGGCUACGACGCCGGACCACCACCACCGUACGCAGCAAGCGGCUUCUCCAUGCCCCAAUAUCCCGGCAUGCCAGGCUUCAUCCAACCCCCCACGGCCGUCUACCAACCGCCCAUACCCUAUAUGCAACCCAUGAUGCCCGGCUUCCCCUACAACACCACGCACCCCUCCAUGGGCCCCCCCACCAACCUUGGAUUUCCUGGAAUCCACCUCCAAAACCACCUCGGCGGGAUCGGAGUCCCUCCAGGCUACAACUAUAUCUUCCCGUCGGAGCACACCAUAAUCCACGUCCUCAAAACAGCCACCAAACCCUGGCAAGCCGACCAAACAAUCCACGGCAUCGACCCCUCUACGCACACCAAGUUCUACGUUCCGGUCGAGAUGAACGUCAAGGAGUUCAUGAAGCGGAUCGGCUGUGACGAUGCUGACGAUAAGAAGAACGUUGUGUAUGAGGUCGUCGAAAAAGGGAAUGGGAAGUGGGCGGUGGGAAUGAAGAUUAAUAUGGAUGAUAAGGAUAAGAUGAAGAAUACAUUGGGCAAGUUUGGCUGGAAUAAGCAACGGAACGGGAAUUUGUCGAGGGGUGGGAGACCCAUUGUUUGGUUGUGGAGGGAGAAAGGGGAGUAAGUUGAAUGAUGGCAAGCCGCUGCGACAUGAGGUUUGGUGGUUCUGGAAGAGAGUCCUGAAAUUUGUACUGAAGCUGUAUAAGAUUUGAGAGUGAUGUCUUAGCCAUUGAUGUUAGCAUGACUUAUGGUUGAGUUAACGGUUUUCAGCACUUUCGUUAGCUACCAAGGAAUUCAAUUAAGCUUACAAUAUCCC